AUGCAGUCUGCAAAUCGUAACAACUUCUUCGAAACAGAUGCUGUACACGUCGAACGUGAACGCAAAGCCGCAAAGGCCGGCAAUAAGAAUGGAGAUCCUAUAGUCAUGAAAUCAAAGAUUUUGGCUGCUGUUCCAGACCCUGCUUCGCCUCUUACUUCCAUAUUCAUUGCCGAAUCUGCUGGUGCUGUCCGCCGAGUCAAUCUCGAGACCUCGGAGACAAAAAUGACAUACCGGGGCCCAACAGCACCUGUAACUUGCGUUGCAAUAGGGACUCAAGGGAACAAGACAGUGUUCGCUGGUUCGUGGGACAAGGACAUCUGGUCAUGGGAUAUUGAAACCGCAAAGCCUGGUCGCAAGUUUAGUGGCCAUACAGAUUUCGUAAAGACCAUUCUUUGUGCAACUGUCUCAGGCAAGCAGAUCCUCAUCAGUGGAGGCGCCGACAAGAAGAUGUUUGUCUGGGACGUUGAGUCAGGCAAGCGGCUACAUACCCUGCAGGAUCCCACCACGACAAUGCUUGCCGUUCAACACCUUGCCAUCGAUCCUGUACUCAGCGAUGCCAGCACUCUUGUCUUUGCGAGUGCAAGCAGCGACCCGCAUAUCCGAAGAUGGAAGAUCACCCUGGACAGCUACGAGCAGCUGCCCGAAUCUUUCUCCGACCGCCCUGAUGCUGAGCGACUCACCAUCCAAGAACAUGAGACCAGCAUCUACCGACUUGUCUACGACCAAACGAGUGACGACGUAGAUCUGUGGACUGCCAGUGCUGACGGAACAGUGAAGUGUCUGGCCCGUUCAAGAAACUUCGUUGCCGAUGAUACGUUCACACACGGGGACUAUGUACGAGGUGUUCUCGUAACAGACCAGUGGGUCAUCACGGCUGGUCGCAAUGAGGAUGUCAAGGUCUGGGAUCGCUCAUCUGGCAAGCUAUACUGCACAUUGGUUGGCCACUACGAGGAGGUUACCGACAUCGUCUUGCUACAGAGUUCCGAAGGCACCCCGCGUAAGGUCUGUAGUGUCAGUAUUGAUGGCACUAUCCGUACAUGGCCACUUGCCAAGUCUGAGCUUGACGAAGUCGUUGUUAAGAUCCAAAAGGCUGCUGAGCCUAAGGAGGAGGAGAAAGAGGAGCAAGAAAAGAACGGCAGCGCAUUGACUGCCCAGGAAGAGGCUGAGCUCGCAGAACUCAUGGACGAUUAG